AGAAAAGUGUGUUGUGACGAAACCAAUGAAGUUUGUAUGAUGAAUGAAUGCAACAAGUGCAUUAAAGACAUUACAGACGCUUUCGUCCCUUUGAUUUACAUUAAUCAACUCGAAAAGCUUACUGAAUGGAAGCAUUGGAGAAUCGUUGAUAAACGCAUCAUCAUUAGUUAUACGAAAGGACCAAUAACUGAUUUGAUUAAUGAAUUGGAUUCUCAGUUACCUUCCUUUAAACUGCAUACUUACGUUAAAAGGACUCAACAAAAAUACUUUCAAGACCGAAAAAUAUCUAUUAAACAAGAUGAAGCUGUUCUGCAAGUCGAUUUUGCGGAAAACUAUAGGCUCCUCAAUCAAAAUGAAAUUCAGUCUGCACAUUUUAGUUACUCCCAAGUUACCAUUUUUACUUGUGUUGCCUGGUUGCACAAUUGCACAAGAUCAUUUGCUAUUACGAGCGAUCAGCUGUCACACAAUAAAUAUGAUGUUUAUUGCUUUCUCCAGUUAAUUGUAAAGAAACUUAAAGAACAAAACGCUAUUUCGAAGUUAUUUUUAUUUUCUGAUGGUUGUGCAAGUCAAUUUAAAAACAAGUUCAUUUUGAGUAUUAUACCAUUUUUUAAAGAGAAAUUAGAUUUGACCAACUUUGAGUGGAAUUUUUUUGCAACUGCUCACGGAAAGGGUGCAGUAGACGGAAUUGGAGCUGUCAUAAAGAGAAAAAUUUGGCAAAUGGUGAAAGCUCAGAAUAUUGUUCUUAAUAACGCCCAUGAUUUUUUUAAAUUGGCAAAAAUUAAUAUAAAUGGUAUUUCUAUUUUAUAUGUAAGCAGUACAUAUAUAAAAAAUACAACUGCAUUUCUUUCGGAGAGAUGGGCUAACGUUAAGAGCAUUCCCGGAAUAAAAAGCAACCAUUAUUUUUCAUUUCUUAAUGAAAAUGAGCUCGAAAUAGCACUAACGGCAGAUUCAGCAAAACAUAAAAUUUAUUUAUAAACAUAUAUAUAUUAAUAAAUAAAUUUAUAAACAUAAAAUAUGAAUUAAAUAAUCUUAUUAAAAAAAGAGUAUAAAUUGUUUUGUUAAAAUAAAUACAAUUGUUUUUAUUUAUAUACUACUGGAAAAAAUGUAGCGUGCGUAACGUAGCGUGCGCAACGUUGGGUUCACGGCCACUGAUAAAAAACUACAAAAUUUUUUGGCUGCAUGUAAGUUAUUUUAGAAUUCUCUUAUUUUCAUCUUUCUUUAAGGUAUUUCAUUUGGUGUGCUUUAUUAUACAAAAUUUGCUAAAAAUUACGAAAACAUACCUCAACCUUCAAAGCUACUUCCAUUUUUUGUAGCGUGCGUAACAAUACUUUGAGAUCAAAUUUUUGGCAGCUUAAACCUGUUACAAAAAAUAUUUUGAUGACAUUCGAAAGUACACUCAAAUCCCACUAAACACUGUGUAUAACUUGAAGGUAUGUCUUUUGAAAGACCAAAAAAUUGUUAUAUUUCAAUCCGAAAACGCGUACGAAUGUGGCGUGCGUAACGCAGGAUUUGCCCAUAUACAUAUGUACGUGUAAUAUUUACGUGAUUUGGAAAACUCUUAUUUACAUAAAAGAGUUCACGUCUAAACAUUUCGUUCAAAACUCUUAUUUACCUAAAAGAGUUCUCGUCUAAUCAUAUAAAUACAUACAUAUACUAAAAUAUUUUAGACAUCUCGGUUUGCCAAAAAGCCGUUGGAUUUAUUGAUUUUUUGAAACUCUUACAUACAAAAGAGUCUUCUAUUCAACAUUUUAUAUACUAUAUACUAUACUUUAUAUACUUUUUCUAAACAUAUACAAGUCUAGUUUUCACUAAGACGUUUUGAUUCAUUCUAUACAUAUCUUAAAUGAGCUCAGACUCAAAGGAAUCUAAAACAACUCAGUUGCUAAAAGUUCCAAAGAUGAUUUCAGAAGAAAAAAGUCUACGUACACCGGCAAAAGCUACACGCUCAAAGCAAGGUGCUACAAAACUAAAGAGGGGUAAAGAUAUUUCUUAUACAAAAUUCAUUGCUGAGAGUGACAGUUUGAUUCGAUACUGCACUCGAUUUUCAUCUUCACCGAUUCAAGACAACUCUGAAUCGGUAUUAGAAAUCAAAGAAGACAAUUUAGACAACUUCUGGACACGUCUCCAAGUGGCAUAUGACGCAAUCGUAGAAUCUAAUGAUUCAGACCUAUCAGAAAAUUUUAAAUCCUCGGCUUACACCAAAUAAGAACACUGCCGAGACCAGUUCGAAGAGACAAAGGCAAUGAUUUCUGAUCAACUAAAGCUAUUAAGAGCUAUUGCACCUACUCCGCAACCGAGAGUAGAGCUGCCACAAAGACAAGCCCAACAGGCAAGUUCAAGCAUUCUCCUUAAAGUGCCAGUAUGCGACACAGAUAUAUUUCACGGUGGUUAUGAACAGUGGCCGUCCUUCCGGGACAUGUUUACAGCUGUGUACAUAAACCAUCCUAAAUUAUCACAAGCGCAGAAAUUGUAUCACCUCAGAUACAAAACCAAAGGUCAGGCAGGCGUAAUAGUGAAACAGUUCGCUCUCAAUGACGAAAAUUUUAAUUUUGGUUGGGAUGCUCUAAAAGCACGUUAUGAAAACGAGAGAAUAUUGGUCGACAAACAGGUGACGAUAUUAAUGAAUUUACCAAAAAUUCAGAAAGAAACAAAUGAAGUGUUCAUAAAGCUUCAAUCCACUAUUUCAAAUUGUUUGUUUGUAAAAAGCUUCAAAUCCCAUUUCAAACGGGUAGCUGGAAAUUAUAAAUUCAAUUACGAAGAGUUCACGACUUUAUUAAAUCGAAUUGAAACCGUUCUCAAUUCACGGCCACUCAUCCUGGCCAUUCCUGAGCCAGGGGUGGAGAAGGAAUUAAAAUUCUCCAUCAUGAUUUCAGCCGCCGAUGGAGGACGAAUACAUAAAGGAUCUCCACAAAAGAUACCGCUUGAAGACUCCUGAACAAGCGCCUAAACUUGUCCAACUUGUCCUACAUUAUGGCUCCGACGGUCACAUACGGGUUGUGGAUCUCCGUACGCAAAACGGAACACUAACCAGACCGCUCGUGAAGCUGUGCUUUUUAUCAACCACCGACGACCGCGAAUGCGGAAACCGAAAAAACCAAACCGAUAAUAUCGCGAUAUAAUAAAAUCACGAACUUUCACUAUAAUAUAAGAAAUACGCCAAUAUCAACCGUCAAAAGAAAUAACAAAUCGUCAAAAAAUAACACGCCGUAUCAUAUAACAAAGAACCUUAACAAAAUUGUCGAUCAAUACGACGACGCGUUCAUGCCACAUCUCGUGGCACGAUCACCAUCUCCGCUUAUCUGACAGAAAUUUAUAAUCCACAAUCUUCUCUAUACAGAUUAACAUGGAUGUAGAUACGCCAGUCGCUAUAACGCCAACCACUCGUGCUACCAAUGCGCCACGCACCGGGCCUACACCAGCGAUGGCACCCGACCACCACCGCUCACAUCAAGGACUUUGGAGACCCUUUGGAUAAGGUGCCCCAUCUGUCGACGCCCACAUCGUCUCCACCAUUAUGGAAUAUUCCGGUGUAUGCGACCUUUGCAACGGCAGCAAGUUGCCCAAGCUCACGGGCACUGCCUUAAGUGAAGGUUGCACACUCAUGCUACUCCAGAGUGUGAGUCACGGGGGCUGUGCCAAACGUGUCACCGGCCGCACCACACGCUGCUACAUCGCAGCUCGUCACGCGAAACGAACCGGCCACCCAACCAUCGCGUUCGCGUAUCUCGACUUCCACCCGCUGAUCGUGUCAUACACCAUCGGAGUGGAACCCAGUUGCGGCGUCGACAGACUGGACCACCACCUCGUCGAUCCACGAGCCUGAGCAGCGUUGUGGCAACGCUGCAACAUCUGCAGCGCCUUCUAUGCUAAACAGUCGUUUAGGGGGGCCGGGAUGGCUAAAUGAGCACCCGACCCCCUCUUAGUAUAAUACUCCUACACCCCACACAUACACACCAUACUCAACACGACUACACCAUCUGUAUCAUCAACACAUCUACACCAUAUUCAUCAUCCACACCUCACACUCAACACACCCGCACCAUAUACACCACACACGAGGACACCGGACACAAUGCACAAAAGGGACUUACGGACGGCGCCGAGGCUCUUUCUGAUUCGAUCCGUUAUACGUAUGUACAUACCAAUCGGUCAACCGAGUAUCCCGCUUUUAAUACGUUUUACCAGUAAAGUCGUCGCUAACACAACGGGUAAGUACCGCGAAGUUUUUUUUUACAAAAGAAGACUUCUAUUUUUUCCAAAUACUAUGUUCGGACCAACAACGAAAACAUGUUUUCGUGGAAAAACUGGUUUUCGCACGAAAACUUGUGUUUUCGUCCAUGUGAAAUCUGUCAAACGAAAACACAGCUUUCGCUGAAAACUACUUGAAAACUUACAUUCCACUCAUUAUAAUCGGUGCCUGCUCUAGUUUAAUCGAUUUUUUUGGAAGACAUAUUUUGCCGGCCCUAAAUAGUCACUUGAUAUUUGUUUAUAUUCCAUAUAAAAAUACAGCUAGGAUAUUAAUUUCAAAAAUGGAAAAAUAAAAAUAUAAGAAAAAAAGUUGUUGGAGCGAUAGGGCAGAAGCCCUACUAAUUGAAUUGUGGAAGAGCAAAAUAAGUGCUUUUCGCAGUCCUAGGAAAAACAACCAUAUAGUGGAGGACAUGGCAAUGGAGUUGCAGCAACAAGGUGUGCAUUUCACGGCGAGUGAAAUAAAAUCGAAAAUGCACAAUCUUUCACAGAGAUAUAGGUAUGUAAUUAAAUAAAAUUAAGGAAAAAUAGAGUUUUUACAUAUAUAUUGUUCGCUGCACUUAGUUUCACGGGCUAUACUUACUUGUAACCUUGAAUUAUGUAUCCCUUUUUUGUUAGCGCUUAAUUGAAAGAAUUAUAAUUUAAAGAUAAAAGAGUAAAAAUUUAAAGUAAAAUCACUUGUAUAUUUGUCUUUUCGGGGAAAACAUCAACAGGUUGACAUUUAAGUAUAUUGACAAAGUUUUCGAUUUUUUAUUAAAUAUGUAUGUAUAAAUGUUUUAUUUGUAUUUUUUACGUAUAUUCACUGCUACUGCUGCCGGUGCACAACCACACGACCGAACGAUUUUUUUUGCAAUUUGGACCACAACUUCGACGAAAAGAAAAAAAUCAAUAGCUGGCGAGACGCGUGUUGAGUUUACGGAAGUAGAAAUCGAAUUGUGAGCCACCCCGAUCUAACCAAUCCUUUUUGAUCGGUUGGGUGGUAAAAACGAUGUAUGUUGUGGUAUGGUGGUGGUGUGAUGCUGUAUGUUGUGUUGUAUGAUGAAUGUUGUGUUGUGGGAUGAAUGUUGAGUUGUGGGAUGAAUGUUGUGUGGUGGGGCGAGAUACCAUGAAGUCGCACAAACAUCCCGGCCCCCUAGGCGAAUUAAUUGCCUAGAAUCCUCUGUAGUUUUUGUAGGGUACUCACUACAGCGCUGAAUCCCGUCGCUUUUCGCUGGUUGCGAUGACUACGAUGUGGUGGUGUUUGCGAACGUGCACCUCGGGACUGUUUAGAACGAUGGGCUCUUCGCCGUUGCACUUGAGUCCCAUGUUGACUGUGCCGCUGUUGAUUAUGCCGGUGACUGGCGUGCGUUGACUGAUCAGCGCGUCGAGGGAAGCGGUGAAAUAAUAUGUGAUGCGGUCGGUGGCAGUACUGACACUAUCCGUCUGACAUGCACUCCAAUGUGGCGUGUGUGUCUGCCAAGCAUGUCAUGCAGUGGCCGUGGGCUCUAGCGAUUUGUUGGCGCUGAGCGGGCGUCAUCGUCUUGAAUUUCGUACAUUUCUUCAGGAUAUGGGGUCGAUGGCAUAGGCUGCAUCGUGGCGGUACGUACUCGUGGCGGUACGUACUCCUCGAACUGCUCCUCGCCUGUUUCCCUGGCUAGUUGCACGGAACGAUUUAAAAAUCGAUUUUCAGUAGUCGAAGUGGAUUAAGAAUCAGUUCUUGACAUUCGAAAAAUCUAUUAUUUUACGACAAAACUCGAUUCUCGAGUAGAAUCGGGAUCAAGUUUACCAUCCCUACUGGCAGCCAUCGGGGCACAUAUAAAACCUCCGCACAAUAACCACCAAAAAAAAAAAAAAAGAUUUUUUUUCCAUGUAAUUUAUAUGGAAAACAGAAAAUGUGAAAUAGGCACCUCUUAAUAUUAAUAUUAAGAGCUCAUCUUUUGAGUGACUUUUUUUUUUACACAUUUUCGAAAGUUUUGAGCCUGUUUUUCAGUUGAAAAAAAAAGGUUGCCUCAGAAUGGCACACUCUAGUGUAUAUAUAUAUAAAUGUAUAUAUUUAUGUCUUUAUAUGAUAUUUUUAUUUAUAUGUAUUAUAUAUUUUAUUGAUAUAUGGAUUUACUUGUUUAUCAUUAAUCGCGUUCAUUAGGGUUUUGGUUUGUACGUACGGAUUGUAAAACGGUGUAUUUUUCGUUAAUUAUUGCUUGAUUUUAUGUAUGCGUUUGCAUUCGCUUGUUUUCGGUGAUCGGUUCUUCGGUAUUCGGAAGAAAACACGAUUUUACUAGUGGUCGAGUUAGUAGGCCAGUUUGUGUUCGCAGAUCUACUACUCUUAUAUGACCAUCUUGUCCCCGAUGUACCUUUUCAAUGCGACCUAGUCGCCAUUCGGUUGGGGGAAGGGAUUCGUCCUGUAUGAUGACGCAUUCACCUGUACUGGGUUCCUUCUGGAUCGUUUUCCAUCGAUAUCUCUUAUGGUGAUCUUUAAGAUAGUCCUCCUUCGAUCUGUGGAUGAAUUCAUGAUGGAGAAUCUUGAUUCUUUCCCAUCGAUUUAUUAAAGUGAGUGAGUCUCCUUCUGUCUCAGGUAGGUGUAAGAGCUAUGAAAUCGGAGGGAUUUUGCGAGAGUGGUGAUAUAGGUCUUGAAUUUAAUACGGCUUCGAUACGAAUGAGUAGUAUAGUAAACUCCUCAUAAUUAAAUUUAUGACUUCCAGCCGUUUUCUUUAAAUGGGACUUAAAGCUUUUGACUGGUGAUUCCCAAAGUCCGCCCAUAUGUGGAGAACAUGGAGGUAUAAACUGCCAAUCGAUCCCUUGGGGUGCACAUUUUUUAACUAUUUCAGGGGAAACUUCUUUCAUAAAGUUUAUGAACUCUUUUUUGGUGGCUCUUUGAGCUCCGAUAAAGUUUUUCCCAUUGUCGCUCAUAAUCUUUGAGGGAAAUCCGCGUCGUCCGACAAAGCGUGCAAAUGCAAAUGUAAAACAUACAAAGACAGCCACAUACCCUUUUCUAAAUGAAGAGGACCUUAACAUCGAGGCCUUUAUCUGGAAAAGUCCAGCAAAAUCAACCCCAGUAAUAGUAAAAAUUAGAGCAUAAUUGCAGCGUUCAGGUGGUAAAGCUGCCAUGAUCUGCGUACGCAUUUUAUGUUUGUACGAGAUACAUUGUUUACACAUAAAAAUCGUCUUUUUAAGUUGUGGCUUUAGUCGCGGUAUCUAAAAUUCUUGUCGGACCAUUUGCUGCAUCAAGCGAUGCUCACCACGUAGUGUAAGCUGGUGAAGAUAUAUUAAGAAUAAAUGACCAAAACGGGAUUUCUCAGGUAUAAUAAUGGGAUGCCGUUCGCUGUAACUGAGGCUGGAGUUCGCUGAUCUUCCAUUUGCCCUUAUUAAUCCCUUAUCGUCCAAGAAUGGAUUUAAGACGAGAAGAGAGCUUCCCUUUUCGAGUGGUCGCCUUUCGACCAACUUUGCUUUCUCUCGACUGAAAUAGCGAUUUUGGGUGUAGAUAAUGAGACUAACUUUGUCAUGUUUGCAAAUCGGUAUGCGUUAGUUGUACGCAAGGAUCAUUUGGUAUCCCUUUCAUUUUUUGUUUAAGUCUUUGGGUGAAUUUGUGCAUGUAAGCAAUUGCUCUUAGUGCUCUAGGAAAAGAAGAAAAUCGGUGGAGAAUAUCAUCCUCUUCUGGAGUGAUAUGAAAACUUUCAAGUUUCCGACUUUCCGGCGGUAUUAUAUUACCAGCGGGAUACUUUGGCCAGAGUUCUUGUGAUUCUGUUAGCCAUGUUGGACCAUUCCACCAGAGUGUAGUGCUGGUGAGGUGCAGUGGCAUGCAACCUCUUGUCCCAAGAUCCGCUGGGUUAUCCGCACUUGCAACAUGUUGCCAUUUUGCUGAGCCAAUUAAGUCUAAAAUUUGGGAUAUUCGGUUAGAUACAUAGGUCUUCCAGCAAUAGGGUGGUUUUUCUAACCAUGCUAAAACUAUUUCUGAGUCUGACCAAAGAUAUGUUUUAUGAUCCGUUAACAGAAGAGCACCAUUCAGUUCAAGCCGUGGCAGACUGAGUGUCUUCAAAGGUGGCUUUGGCUACCAAGAGAUGUGCAGAUAUUUUGUUAUCGUACUGUGUGCGUACGUAAACUGUUGCGCAAUAAGCCUUUUCAGAGGCAUCACAGAAACCGUGUAAUUCUGUGUUAAUGUUAGGGGUGAAAUUUACCCAUCGAGGGAUUCGAAUUUCUGAUAUAGUAUGCAAAUUGUACCCAUUUUUUGUACAGUAGCGCGUUUCUGUAAGGAAUCGACAAUAUACUCGGUUAUAGUGACGUCAUUUCGAUUCGAUCCAAAUUAGUCGAUUGAUCGAGAACGAGUGUUUCUGUAAGCAUGAGUCGACAAAAUAUGAAACAGUGAGAGAAAUGGAACGCCAAUCGACGAGAAAUCUAUCGAAUCGGACUGACAACUUCAUGUUUGAGAAACUAUUAUUGAGAAAACUAUGAGUUUAUUGGUAAUAACGCUCGCCAUACGGCAUGGCAGAAGGAAUAUGUUGCGAAUACAAAGGCGCACUUUAAGGGACUCGACAGAUCCAUUCAGCAUUCCCGAGCCGUGUUUUCUUGAGUUAUUCCGCUUCAGCAGAACUGCAGUACGGGCACUCCUUGUGUGAGAUAUAAUUUUCCACUUCCUAAAGUUGAUCCACUUGAAAAUUCUCCGCAUGGAGACAAUGGUUCAUUACUUAACAUUUUAAAUGAAGGAAGAGCUAUACGAAAUACUAUUUUAAGAAACCACUUUUGUAGUUAACUCACAUACAGUGGUGUUCAGAAAAAUAUGAGGAACACUCCAAAUGAUACUGUUUGCAAAUUACAUUUAACUCUUUAUUUUUUAUAAUAUAUAUUAUAAUAACAGUCGAUUGUAGUGAACAUUACUGUCCUUCCGGGAAUAGAUUUCAAUGCAACAACAAUUGGAGCGCGACUAUGUAACCCCGUUUGAAGCAGCUACUGCUACUGGUGUACAUACGCAAAGCCUUGGUCCCAACCAAUGAAUAUAAUAUUUAGAAAAUACUAUGAAUAUUUUGCUGUGCCUACUCCUUAUGCAACAGUCGCUAGAAGAAAAGGAAUAUUUAUGAGAUCUAAAGAACGUAAAAAUUGUAUCGCAAAUUGUUACCUCCCGUCAUGGUUUCCAGCAGAGCUCUCAGUGUAUCGUGAAUUCCAUUUAAAACACCCAUGUGCUCCUUGUGUUGUCUCUCCAAAAUCUCUUUCAGCUGCGCAUGGUGAUUUUCAAUGAGACUGCUCGCCUCUUCCACACAGCUUUUGUUUGUGCGCUGUUUGGGUUGCUGUCUGUUCGCCUCUUCCACACAGCUUUUGUUUGUGCGCUGUUUGGGUUGCUGUUUGUUUGGCACAACCUCAAGCACCUGACCCAUUGCAACCUCUUCAAGUGCCUCCACUUCGAAGAUGUCCAAACUGUCUGCGUUUGCCUAGAAUUCCGAAUGGAUCACUAAAUAGCUUAGUUUUUAGUUUUGUAAUAUGUUACUUACGGCCAACCCAAUGUUGGCAGUAGCAUCACCCUCAUCCUCAAUGGUAACAUCGACCAUUUCAGCAGUUGUCUGCAAUAUACACCAAUUUUAUUAUCACAUUUAUAAUCACAACUUUAAAAUUUGACAGACGUUACUCACCGACAAACCAAUUUCGGGAGUGAGCCCAUCUUCGUACACCAUGUCGCUGGAAAAAAACUCCAGAAUUUUUGGACGGUUUUUGCAACGGCAGGUUUCCAGUUCGUCUGGCGAACGCUCUGUGGGCAUUGUGCAGCUUCUUGACUGCCGAUUUCCAGUCUAUCCAACACUAAAAAAAACCAACACACAUAUGUAAAUUUUAAUGCUAUACACAAGAAUAUUUUAGUUUUACCUUUUUCCACUGAUUAGGGGACUUGUGGGUCCCUCCCAAUGCAUUUAAUUCAGCAGCAACGGCAGCCCAAACCUCUUCGUGCUCCUUCCUCGCGUUUGGUUUCAUAAAUUGGUCCCUUCCAACUCUGCGGUGCUGCUGCAUUAAGUGCAGUAACCGCCUCUUUUGGCCAUUCGUAACACGCCCCGACGUACUUCUCUGUAAAGAAAAUGCAUCAAAUCUUUUUUAACUAUUCAUAUAUAAUAUAUUAACAAAAAUAUACUUACAUUUGCUUUAAAUUCAACUAAUUCCAUUUUGAAUUUAAGGAAAAAUUUGUUUGUCAUCACCUCAAAUAGAAGUGAGAAAACCAGUCGACAGUAUUUCAUUCAAUUUGGUUACAGAAACACAUUCAAUCGAGCAUUCCUACUGAAAUGGAAUGGAACAUAUUUGCUGACUAUCGAUUAAAUCGAGUAAUUAUUUUAGAGAAACACAUUGAGUGAGAGUGACGUCAAAUUGAGAAUUUGAAUCGAGAACAUCGAUCGAAAUAGGUUACAGAAACGCACUACAGGUUUACCUAUUCAUCCCAUUCAGUGCCAUCUUGCCACAAUUCUUGAAUGAGGAUUUUUGCUUGAAUCAUUAUUGGCGAAAGCCAUCCUGCGGGCUCGAAAAGUUUUGCCACCGAGGAAAGUAUUUGGCGAUUGGUUAUGGCAGACAUUGCAGAUAUUUACUCAAUUGUAUAUGAGAAUUGAUCUGUUAUCGCAUUCCAUUGAAUCCCUAGGGUUUUUGUUGUACUGGCCGUUUCAAAUUUAAGGAAAUUUGUAUCUAAUAAGUCUUCUUUUUUUAUGUUUUUUAUUAUUUCGAGAUGAUUUUAUGUAAUUUUCUUUAAGGGGAAUCCCGCUGAAUGUGCUUUGAUCACUUGAGAUAGUGAUUCGCACGCUAAGGACAGACUGUGGCUACCUGUUAGAAUAUCAUCCACGUAUGUUCGUGUUUGUAACACAGAAGUUGCUAAGGGCAAAUUUGUUUCACACGUUUUUGCCACUUCAUGCAGUUUCCUGAUCGCCAAAUAGGGUGCGCAAUUGAUGCCAAAGGUGACGGUUUUAAGUUUGGACUAUUACUCGAUUUGCGGAAGACUAUACGCUGGAAAUCUUGGUCAUCUUUAUGUACUAGAAUUUGUCUGUACAUUUUCUCUACAUCCCCAUUACAAACGUAUAUAAACAUGCGCCAAUUUAACAUUAACAGCAUGAGAUCAGGUUGUAAGGUGGGCCAGUAUAUAGUACGUCGUUGAGUGAUUUGCCUGAGCUCGUACACUUUGAGGCAUUGAACACCACUCGUACUUUCGUUGUGAUUUUAUCUGGCCUUAUUACCCCAUGAUGUGGAAGGUAAAAAGAUAAAUAUCUACCUUUGGAUAUUUUUUCAUAUGGUACAGUUUCUUCCAUAUGAUUGAGGUCAAGAUAUUCGCCCAUCACAUUAUCAUAUGUUGAUUUAAUCUCACUUUUCUUUAUCAGGCUUUUUUCCAGGCUUAGAAAUUGCUGGACUGCUGAUAUUCUAGAGUGGCCUAGAGCUAUGGUCUCAGGAAAAGUUUGUUUGAAUGGUAGUCGCACAACAUAACGACCAUGUUCGUUUCUUGUUGUUGUGGACUUGUAAUAGGCUUCGCAUGCCUGAUCUUCUUCGGAAAGUUGAGUAGUCUGAGGUAAUUUUUCUACUUCCCAGAAUUUUUUGAGUUCAUCAUUUAAAUAUUCGUUUGAAAUAUUUUCAACUUCAGUUGUAAAAGAAUUAAUUUUCUCUGUGACUUGGCCACUUAAUAUCCACCCAAAGAUUAUAUUUUGGGCUAACAAUUUAUUGGAUAUUUUUUCUACACCUUCAAGAAUUAUUUGAGGUAUUAAGUCACUAUGUAAUAAAAAAUCGACUUGUGAUGGGGUAUGGCAGUUGGGAUCUGCUAAUUUGAGAUAUGAGCAUUUUUCCCAUUGCUUUUUAUUUACUUCAUAGCUUGGAAGCAAAUUUGUGAUUUGCGGUAGAACGAUGGCUUGUGCAUCUAUUCUUAUAUCCGCGUUUGGGGAGACUAUAGUGAUUGGGCAAAUUUUGUUUGAAUUUUGUAUAAUUCUUCCGCCCAAUUCCUAAAAUUCGGAAAUUUGAAUUUUUGACCGGCAAUUUUAGCCGAUUUUGAGCUUUAGAUGAUAUAAAGGAUCUUUGAGAACCUUGAUCUAUUAAUGCUCAUAACUUGAAUAAUUCUCUCCUAUGUUCAAUAGCGAUGACCGCAGUGGGUAAAAGAAUUUUGCUUUCAUUCUCUGAAUGAAGAGCUUGAGUUUUUGCUGCUUUAGAGCAACAUGGUUGUUCUUCCCUUUUUUCGGGAUUUGAGAUUUCGGGAUUAUCACUUUUGGUUGUAGUGACUAACCCGGUGGUUUUAUGAAAUUGAUUUUGCUUCAUAUUUUGAAAAUUUAUAAUAUGAAGCAAUGAGUGAUGUCUUCGUUGACAGUACAUACAAUUAAAUUUGCUUUCACAGUCUUUUGUAUCAUGAGAAUUUGACAGACAGUUGAGAAUUUGACAGUGUUUGGUGCGUGGGGUUGGGGUGUGAUGCUGUAUGUUGUGUUGUAUGAUGAAUGUUGUGUUGUGGGAUGAAUCUUGCGUUGUGGGAUGAAUGUUGAGUUGUGGGAUGAAUGUUGUGUGGUGGGGCGAGAUACCAUGAAGUCGCACAAACAUCCCGGCCCCCCUAGGCGAAUUAAUUGCCUAGAAUCCUCUGUAGUUUUUGUAGGGUACUCACUACAGCGCUGAAUCCCGUCGCUUUUCGCUGGUUGCGAUGACUACGAUGUGGUGGUGUUUGCGAGCGUGCACCUCGGGACUGUUUAGAACGAUGGGCUCUUCGCCGUUGCACUUGAGUCCCAUGUUGACUGUGCCGCUGUUGAUUAUGCCGGUGACUGGCGUGCGUUGACUGAUCAGCGCGUCGAGGGAAGCGGUGAAAUAAUAUGUGAUGCGGUCGGUGGCAGUACUGACACUAUCCGUCUGACAUGCACUCCAAUGUGGCGUGUGUGUCUGCCAAGCAUGUCAUGCAGUGGCCGUGGGCUCUAGCGAUUUGUUGGCGCUGAGCGGGCGUCAUCGUCUUGAAUUUCGUACAUUUCUUCAGGAUAUGGGGUCGAUGGCAUAGGCUGCAUCGUGGCGGUACGUACUCGUGGCGGUACGUACUCCUCGAACUGCUCCUCGCCUGUUUCCCUGGCUAGUUGCACGGAACGAUUUAAAAAUCGAUUUUCAGUAGUCGAAGUGGAUUAAGAAUCAGUUCUUGACAUUCGAAAAAUCUAUUAUUUUACGACAAAACUCGAUUCUCGAGUAGAAUCGGGAUCAAGUUUACCAUCCCUACUGGCAGCCAUCGGGGCACAUAUAAAACCUCCGCACAAUAACCACCAAAAAAAAAAAAGAUUUUUUUUCCAUGUAAUUUAUAUGGAAAACAGAAAAUUUGAAAUAGGCACCUCUUAAUAUUAAUAUUAAGAGCUCAUCUUUUGAGUGACUUUUUUUUUUACACAUUUUCGAAAGUCUUGAGCCUGUUUUUCAGUUGAAAAAAAAAGGUUGCCUCAGAAUGGCACACUCUAGUGUAUAUAUAUAUAAAUAUAUAAACAUAUUUAUGUCUUUAUAUGAUAUUUUUAUUUAUAUGUAUUAUAUAUUUUAUAGAUAUAUGGAUUUACUUGUUUAUCAUUAAUCGCGUUCAUUAGGGUUUUGGUUUGUACGUACGGAUUGUAAAACGGUGUAUUUUUCAUUAAUUAUUGCUUGAUUUUAUGUAUGCGUUUGCAUUCGCUUGUUUUCGGUGAUCGGUUCUUCGGUAUUCGGAAGAAAACACGAUUUUACUAGUGGUCGAGUUAGUAGGCCAGGGGACCAUCUUGUCCCCGAUGUACCUUUUCAAUGCGACCUAGUCGCCAUUCGGUUGGGGGAAGGGAUUCGUCCUGUAUGAUGACGCAUUCGCCUGUACUGGGUUCCUUCUGGAUCGUUUUCCAUCGAUAUCUCUUAUGGUGAUCUUUAAGAUAGUCCUCCUUCCAUCUGUGGAUGAAUUCAUGAUGGAGAAUCUUGAUUCUUUCCCAUCGAUUUAUUAAAGUGAGUGAGUCUCCUUCUGUCUCAGGUAGGUGUAAGAGCUAUGAAAUCGGAGGGAUUUUGCGAGAGUGGUGAUAUAGGUCUUGAAUUUAAUACGGCUUCGAUACGAAUGAGUAGUAUAGUAAACUCCUCAUAAUUAAAUUUAUGACUUCCAGCCGUUUUCUUUAAAUGGGACUUAAAGCUUUUGACUGGUGAUUCCCAAAGUCCGCCCAUAUGUGGAGAACAUGGAGGUAUAAACUGCCAAUCGAUCCCUUGGGGUGCACAUUUUUUAACUAUUUCAGGGGAAACUUCUUUCAUAAAGUUUAUGAACUCUUUUUUGGUGGCUCUUUGAGCUCCGAUAAAGUUUUUCCCAUUGUCGCUCAUAAUCUUUGAGGGAAAUCCGCGUCGUCCGACAAAGCGUGCAAAUGCAAAUGUAAAACAUACAAAGACAGCCACAUACCCUUUUCUAAAUGAAGAGGACCUUAACAUCGAGGCCUUUAUCUGGAAAAGUCCAGCAAAAUCAACCCCAGUAAUAGUAAAAAUUAGAGCAUAAUUGCAGCGUUCAGGUGGUAAAGCUGCCAUGAUCUGCGUACGCAUUUUAUGUUUGUACGAGAUACAUUGUUUACACAUAAAAAUCGUCUUUUUAAGUUGUGGCUUUAGUCGCGGUAUAUAAAAUUCUUGUCGGACCAUUUGCUGCAUCAAGCGAUGCUCACCACCUAGUGUAAGCUGGUGAAGAUAUGUUAAGAAUAAAUGACCAAAACGGGAUUUCUCAGGUAUAAUAAUGGGAUGCCGUUCGCUGUAACUGAGGCUGGAGUUCGCUGAUCUUCCAUUUGCCCUUAUUAAUCCCUUAUCGUCCAAGAAUGGAUUUAAGACGAGAAGAGAGCUUCCCUUUUCGAGUGGUCGCCUUUCGACCAACUUUGCUUUCUCUCGACUGAAAUAGCGAUUUUGGGUGUAGAUAAUGAGACUAACUUUGUCAUGUUUGCAAAUCGGUAUGCGUUAGUUGUACGCAAGGAUCAUUUGGUAUCCCUUUCAUUUUUUGUUUAAGUCUUUGGGUGAAUUUGUGCAUGUAAGCAAUUGCUCUUAGUGCUCUAGGAAAAGAAGAAAAUCGGUGGAGAAUAUCAUCCUCUUCUGGAGUGAUAUGAAAACUUUCAAGUUUCCGACUUUCCGGCGGUAUUAUAUUACCAGCGGGUUACUUUGGCCAGAGUUCUUGUGAUUCUGUUAGCCAUGUUGGACCAUUCCACCAGAGUGUAGUGCUGGUGAGGUGCAGUGGCAUGCAACCUCUUGUCCCAAGAUCCGCUGGGUUAUCCGCACUUGCAACAUGUUGCCAUUUUGCUGAGCCAAUUAAGUCUAAAAUUUGGGAUAUUCGGUUAGAUACAUAGGUCUUCCAGCAAUAGGGUGGUUUUUCUAACCAUGCUAAAACUAUUUCUGAGUCUGACCAAAGAUAUGUUUUAUGAUCCGUUAACAGAAGAGCACCAUUCAGUUCAAGCCGUGGCAGACUGAGUGUCUUCAAAGGUGGCUUUGGCUACCAAGAGAUGUGCAGAUAUUUUGUUAUCGUACUGUGUGCGUACGUAAACUGUUGCGCAAUAAGCCUUUUCAGAGGCAUCACAGAAACCGUGUAAUUCUGUGUUAAUGUUAGGGGUGAAAUUUACCCAUCGAGGGAUUCGAAUUUCUGAUAUAGUAUGCAAAUUGUACCCAUUUUUUGUACAGUAGCGCGUUUCUGUAAGGAAUCGACAAUAUACUCGGUUAUAGUGACGUCAUUUCGAUUCGAUCCAAAUUAGUCGAUUGAUCGAGAACGAGUGUUUCUGUAAGCAUGAGUCGACAAAAUAUGAAACAGUGAGAGAAAUGGAACGUCAAUCGACGAGAAAUCUAUCGAAUCGGACUGACAACUUCAUGUUUGAGAAACUAUUAUUGAGAAAAGUAAGCAUUAUAGAAAUGUGUGCAUAAAUAUUUAAUUCUUAUUAAUAAAUAAAAAUUGAUUGUGUUUCAGCUAUGAGUUUAUUGGUAAUAACGCUCGCCAUACGGCAUGGCAGAAGGAAUAUGUUGCGAAUACAAAGGCGCACUUUAAGGGACUCGACAGAUCCAUUCAGCAUUCCCGAGCCGUGUUUUCUUGAGUUAUUCCGCUUCAGCAGAACUGCAGUACGGGCACUCCUUGUGUGAGAUAUAAUUUUCCACUUCCUAAAGUUGAUCCACUUGAAAAUUCUCCGCAUGGAGACAAUGGUUCAUUACUUAACAUUUUAAAUGAAGGAAGAGCUAUACGAAAUACUAUUUUAAGAAACCACUUUUGUAGUUAACUCACAUACAGUGGUGUUCAGAAAAAUAUGAGGAACACUCCAAAUGAUACUGUUUGCAAAUUACAUUUAACUCUUUAUUUUUUAUAAUAUAUAUUAUAAUAACAGUCGAUUGUAGUGAACAUUACUGUCCUUCCGGGAAUAGAUUUCAAUGCAACAACAAUUGGAGCGCGACUAUGUAACCCCGUUUGAAGCAGCUACUGCUAUUGGUGUACAUACGCAAAGCCUUGGUCCCAACCAAUGAAUAUAAUAUUUAGAAAAUACUAUGAAUAUUUUGCUGUGCCUACUCCUUAUGCAACAGUCGCUAGAAGAAAAGGAAUAUUUAUGAGAUCUAAAGAACGUAAAAAUUGUAUCGCAAAUUGUUACCUCCCGUCAUGGUUUCCAGCAGAGCUCUCAGUGUAUCGUGAAUUCCAUUUAAAACACCCAUGUGCUCCUUGUGUUGUCUCUCCAAAAUCUCUUUCAGCUGCGCAUGGUGAUUUUCAAUCAGACUGGUUGCCUCUUCCACACAGCUUUGGUUUGUGCGCUGUUUGGGUUGCUUUUUGUUUGGCUCAACCUCAAGCAUCUGACCCAUUGGAACCUCAUCAAGUGCCUCCACUUCGAAAAUGUCCAAACCGUCCGCGUUUGCCUAGAAUUCCGAACGGAUCACUAAAUAGCUUAGUUUUUAGUUUUGUAAUAUGUUACUUACGUCCAACCCAAUGUUGGCAGUAGCAUCACCCUCAUCCUCAAUGGUAACAUCGACCAUUUCAGCAGUUGUCUGCAAUAUACACCAAUUUUAUUAUCACAUUUAUAAUCACAACUUUAAAAUUUGACAGACGUUACUCACCGACAAACCAAUUUCGGGAGUGAGCCCAUCUUCGUACACCAUGUCGCUGGAAAAAAACUCCAGAAUUUCUCGGUCCAUGGCAUCCAACGGUUUUGGACGGUUUUUGCAACGGCAGGUUUCCAGUUCGUCUGGCGAACGCUCUGUGGGCAUUGUGCAGCUUCUUGACUGCCGAUUUCCAGUCUAUCCAACACUAAAAAAAACCAACACACAUAUGUAAAUUUUAAUGCUAUACACAAGAAUAUUUUAGUUUUACCUUUUUCCACUGAUUAGGGGACUUGUGGGUCCCUCCCAAUGCAUUUAAUUCAGCAGCAACGGCAGCCCAAACCUCUUCGUGCUCCUUCCUCGCGUUUGGUUUCAUAAAUUGGUCCCUUCCAACUCUGCGGUGCUGCUGCAUUAAGUGCAGUAACCGCCUCUUUUGGCCAUUCGUAACACGCCCCGACGUACUUCUCUGUAAAGAAAAUGCAUCAAAUCUUUUUUAACUAUUCAUAUAUAAUAUAUUAACAAAAAUAUACUUACAUUUGCUUUAAAUUCAACUAAUUCCAUUUUGAAUUUAAGGAAAAAUUUGUUUGUCAUCACCUCAAAUAGAAGUGAGAAAACCAGUCGACAGUAUUUCAUUCAAUUUGGUUACAGAAACACAUUCAAUCGAGCAUUCCUACUGAAAUGGAAUGGAACAUAUUUGCUGACUAUCGAUUAAAUCGAGUAAUUAUUUUAGAGAAACACAUUGAGUGAGAGUGACGUCAAAUUGAGAAUUUGAAUCGAGAACAUCGAUCGAAAUAGGUUACAGAAACGCACUACAGGUUUACCUAUUCAUCCCAUUCAGUGCCAUCUUGCCACAAUUCUUGAAUGAGGAUUUUUGCUUGAAUCAUUAUUGGCGAAAGCCAUCCUGCGGGCUCGAAAAGUUUUGCCACCGAGGAAAGUAUUUGGCGAUUGGUUAUGGCAGACAUUGCAGAUAUUUACUCAAUUGUAUAUGAGAAUUGAUCUGUUAUCGCAUUCCAUUGAAUCCCUAGGGUUUUUGUUGUACUGGCCGUUUCAAAUUUAAGGAAAUUUGUAUCUAAUAAGUCUUCUUUUUUUAUGUUUUUUAUUAUUUCGAGAUGAUUUUAUGUAAUUUUCUUUAAGGGGAAUCCCGCUGAAUGUGCUUUGAUCACUUGAGAUAGUGAUUCGCACGCUAAGGACAGACUGUGGCUACCUGUUAGAAUAUCAUCCACGUAUGUUCGUGUUUGUAACACAGAAGUUGCUAAGGGCAAAUUUGUUUCACACGUUUUUGCCACUUCAUGCAGUUUCCUGAUCGCCAAAUAGGGUGCGCAAUUGAUGCCAAAGGUGACGGUUUUAAGUUUGGACUAUUACUCGAUUUGCGGAAGACUAUACGCUGGAAAUCUUGGUCAUCUUUAUGUACUAGAAUUUGUCUGUACAUUUUCUCUACAUCACCAUUACAAACGUAUAUAAACAUGCGCCAAUUUAACAUUAACAGCAUGAGAUCAGGUUGUAAGGUGGGCCAGUAUAUAGUACGUCGUUGAGUGAUUUGCCUGAGCUCGUACACUUUGAGGCAUUGAACACCACUCGUACUUUCGUUGUGAUUUUAUCUGGCCUUAUUACCCCAUGAUGUGGAAGGUAAAAAGAUAAAUAUCUACCUUUGGAUAUUAUUUCAUAUGGUACAGUUUCUUCCAUAUGAUUGAGGUCAAGAUAUUCGUCCAUCACAUUAUCAUAUGUUGAUUUAAGCUCAUUUUUCUUUAUCAGGUUUUUUUCCAGGCUUAGAAAUUGCUGGACUGCUGAUAUUCUAGAGUGGCCUAGAGCUAUGGUCUCAGGAAAAGUUUGUUUGAAUGGUAGUCGCACAACAUAACGACCAUGUUCGUUUCUUGUUGUUGUGGACUUGUAAUAGGCUUCGCAUGCCUGAUCUUCUUCGGAAAGUUGAGUAGUCUGAGGUAAUUUUUCUACUUCCCAGAAUUUUUUGAGUUCAUCAUUUAAAUAUUCGUUUGAAAUAUUUUCAACUUCAGUUGUAAAAGAAUUAAUUUUCUCUGUGACUUGGCCACUUAAUAUCCACCGAAAGAUUAUAUUUUGGGCUAACAAUUUAUUGGAUAUUUUUUCUACACCUUCAAGAAUUAUUUGAGGUAUUAAGUCACUAUGUAAUAAAAAAUCGACUUGUGAUGGGGUAUGGCAGUUGGGAUCUGCUAAUUUGAGAUAUGAGCAUUUUUCCCAUUGCUUUUUAUUUACUUCAUAGCUUGGAAGCAAAUUUGUGAUUUGCGGUAGAACGAUGGCUUGUGCAUCUAUUCUUAUAUCCGCGUUUGGGGAGACUAUAGUGAUUGGGCAAAUUUUGUUUGAAUUUUGUAUAAUUCUUCCGCCCAAUUCCUAAAAUUCGGAAAUUUGAAUUUUUGACCGGCAAUUUUAGCCGAUUUUGAGCUUUAGAUGAUAUAAAGGAUCUUUGAGAACCUUGAUCUAUUAAUGCUCAUAACUUGAAUAAUUCUCUCCUAUGUUCAAUAGCGAUGACCGCAGUGGGUAAAAGAAUUUUGCUUCAUUCUCUGAAUGAAGAGCUUGAGUUUUUGCUGCUUUAGAGCAACAUGGUUGUUCUUCCCUUUUUUCGGGAUUUGAGAUUUCGGGAUUAUCACUUUUGGUUGUAGUGACUAACCCGGUGGUUUUAUGAAAUUGAUUUUGCUUCAUAUUUUGAAAAUUUAUAAUACAGUAGAAACUCGUUUAUCCGGCCCUCAGUUAUACGGAUUCGCGAUUAUCCGGACUACCAAUCGCGACCAAUUUAUAUGUACCUACGUAGAAAUUAUGGAAUCAUGAACGUGUCGGAACUUGCAUAUUCCGCUCGCGCAGUGUGGGGUCGCUGCCGCUGCCCCG